UUGUGAAAACGUGAAAACGUGUUGUGACUGUAUAGCUUCUUUAGAGGAAGUGUAAAGGCAAACCAAUAAAGAGGGCAUACAGGGAUAAGUUAAAAAAUUGCCAAACGGACCCGAAUAUAGUCCAAGCAAGCAUCACAAAGCGACAUCGGCAGGGAAGAGGGAAGUGGUGUCGGCUGUGAAGGGUUGGUGUACAGGGGGCGGGAGCGGAUCUAGGGCUGACGGUGGUGGAUGCUGCGCUCGGGAUCUCAACGAUCCUCCGAUCUCAGUAACUCAGCGGCGGCAGAAACAAUCGGUAGUUUGUGUGGUCCGGUCCAGAGAGGCGGCCGUGUCCCGUAUCUGGUGUCUUCAUCAUCAUAUGAGUACUCAGUGGAGGUUGGAAUCAUAAAGAACCAUGUCAGUUCCAACAGCGGGCGAGGAAAUAAAGCAGCCUACUCAAUCUCCUGGGAAAACAAUCGCCGAUGGGCACUGUUCUCCUGCAAAAACAGGAGAUGGGGCAGAUGAUCAGCACUUCGUUUCAGAGAAGGUAUCAGGUUAUGAGACCAACCUGUACCUUUACUCUGAAGAAAUGGAGGACCGACCUAGAAUAUCAACCCUCAUUAGCUCCCUCGCCAAUUAUUCUAACACGAUUCCUCCCGCAUCGAAUGACCCCGAUGCGAGACCUGCAGCAGGCGGAGCCCGGAUGGGAACCCUAAUAGGAGUAUAUCUUCCCUGUAUCCAGAAUAUUUUUGGUGUUAUCUUGUUUAUUCGUUUGACAUGGGUCGUUGGUACAGCGGGUGCCUUACAAGGAUUCCUUAUAGUAUUUUGCUGUUGUUGCGUUACCAUGUUAACUGCUAUUUCUAUGUCAGCUAUUGCUACCAAUGGUGUUGUUCCUGGAGGUGGUAGUUACUUUAUGAUAUCCAGAUCCAUAGGACCAGAAUUUGGAGGAGCAGUUGGUAUGCUAUUCUACACUGGUACCACACUUGCAGGUGCUAUGUACAUAGUGGGAGCAGUUGAAAUUUUACUGUUGUACAUUACCGACCAGCUUACACUGUUUGGAGAUAUUUCAAACGACGAAGUAAAAUUUAACAACUUCAGAGUCUAUGGCACAGGAUUACUACUGAUAAUGGGCAUGAUUGUCUAUGUUGGCGUGAAGUUUGUCAAUAAAUUUGCAACAGUAGCUUUAGCAUGUGUACUUUUGUCAAUUGUAGCCGUUUAUGUUGGAAUAUUCGUAAAUAUAAACGGAAAUGACAACCUUCACUUGUGCCGUCUGGGCAAUAGAUUCCUAAAAGUUAGUGAUCCUUUUACCGAUUGCCAUAAGAAUACUACUGGAGUUUUACACAAGAUGUUCUGUACCAAUGAAACUGAUUAUAAAUGUGAUCCUUAUUACAAGAAACACAACACGAGUAUCGAAAGGGGUAUAAAAGGAUUGUCAUCUGGAGUUUUCUUUGAUAAUAUUUAUGACGGAUUUUUGGAACAAGGCCAAUUUAUUACCAAAGGUAAACUCCAAGCUGAUUUAGAAGUAAUGGGAAGUGAUCAUUACAAUCAAGUAUUUGCUGACAUUACUACCAGUUUUACGAUACUAAUCGGUAUAUUUUUCCCAUCUGUUACUGGAAUUAUGGCUGGUUCUAAUAGAUCCGGUGACCUCGCAGACGCUCAGAAAUCUAUUCCUAUCGGAACCAUUUGUGCCAUAUUGACUACAUCUACCGUUUAUCUGUCAUGUGUGUUGCUGUUUGCCGGAACUGUAGAUAAUUUACUACUCAGAGAUAAGUUUGGAGAAUCAAUAGGUGGUAAGCUAGUGGUAGCUAACAUAGCUUGGCCAAAUCAGUGGGUAAUCCUGAUCGGUUCAAUCUUGUCGACGCUAGGAGCUGGUCUGCAAUCUCUAACUGGCGCUCCCCGUCUAUUACAGGCUAUUGCUAAAGAUGGCAUUAUUCCAUUUUUGGCCCCCUUUGCUGUAUCAUCUAACAAAGGAGAACCCACUAGAGCAUUAAUUUUAACUUUAAUUAUUUGCCAAGGAGGUAUUCUACUCGGAAACGUCGAUAUCUUAGCUCCCUUACUUUCCAUGUUCUUUUUGAUGUGCUAUGGAUUUGUAAAUCUCGCCUGUGCACUGCAAACCUUACUAAGAACGCCAAACUGGAGACCAAGAUUCAAGUACUACCAUUGGUCUCUGUCGUUUAUCGGUCUCUCUUUAUGUAUUGCUGUUAUGUUCAUGACUUCCUGGUAUUUAGCGUUAUUGGCAAUGGCCAUGGCUGGAAUAAUUUACAAAUACAUCGAAUACAGAGGGGCUGAGAAAGAAUGGGGUGAUGGAAUUAGAGGAUUGGCACUUUCGGCAGCGAGAUUCUCGUUGUUACGUUUAGAAGAAGGACCGCCACAUACAAAGAAUUGGAGACCACAGAUUUUGAUUUUAGUAAAGUUAACCUCGGAUUUAUUACCAAAGUACAAGAAAUUAUUUUCUUUUGCUGCUCAGCUGAAAGCUGGAAAAGGUUUAACUAUUUGUGCAUCUGUAAUUAACGGUGAUUUUACAAGAUCAUACGGUGAAGCUAUGGCUGCCAAACAGAGCCUCAGUAAAACAAUGGAAGAAGAACGGGUUAAAGGAUUUGCAGAAAUUUUAGUAGCAAGGGACAUAACAGAAGGCUUAUCCGAUUUGAUUCAAACGGCAGGAUUAGGAGGACUGAAACCAAAUACAGUAAUAUUAGGAUGGCCCUAUGGAUGGAGACAAUCGGAGGACGAUCGCACUUGGCAAGUGUUUCUAGAAACGGUCAGGAAUGUCACUGCCGCAAGAAUGGCUUUAUUGGUUCCUAAAGGUAUCAAUUUCUUCCCGGAUACUAGUGAUAAAGUUGUUGGCAAUAUUGAUGUCUGGUGGAUAGUUCAUGAUGGAGGUUUACUCAUGUUAUUACCAUUCCUGUUGAAACAACACCGAACAUGGAAGAAUUGCAAAAUGAGGAUAUUUACUGUAGCGCAAAUGGAGGAUAAUUCUAUUCAAAUGAAAAAAGAUUUGAAAACAUUCCUCUAUCACCUAAGAAUACAAGCUGAAGUUGAAGUUGUCGAAAUGAUGGACCACGAUAUUUCUGCCUACACUUAUGAACGAACCCUAAUGAUGGAGCAACGCAACCAGAUGCUUCGUGAACUUCGCUUAAAUAAAAAAGAAAGUCUCGGUGUUGUGGAUCUGGCGGAUUUUAAUCACUUAUCAACGGAGGAGAAAUUGCCUUUGGUCCAAUCUAUAGUAGAUCAACAUCAUCAAAAUGUAGAUACUAAAAUAGCAACUAAGGUUCGAUUCCAGGAACCUGGUUCUGAAAAAGAUAACAAAAAUGAUCUUGAGCCUACCAAUGAGCCUAAAACUGAAACGAAAGAAGAUUGUGAUAAUUCCAAAGAAAAGGAUGAUUCUUCUGAGAAAGAAAAAGAAUGCUCUAAUGAACAUAAUCAUACAAAUUCAAUAGAGGAAAAUAAAACCCCUAAAACACCCGACGAGGGUAAUGUUCGUCGAAUGCAUACAGCUAUUCGAUUGAAUGAAGUAAUAGUGAAUAGAUCCCACGAAGCUCAAUUAGUCAUUUUGAAUUUGCCAGGGCCGCCCAAAGACACCAAGAUGGAAAGAGAAUCCAACUAUAUGGAGUUUUUAGAAGUUCUAACAGAAGGUUUAGAAAGAGUUUUAAUGGUGCGAGGUGGCGGAAGAGAAGUAAUAACAAUUUAUUCGUAAUUGUUCUACAACAUACGACGCGACGUCAAAUGUCUACAAAUACACUACCACUACUACUUCAACUAACAACAAAUCAAAGAACAUUAACUACCUAUUUGAAAUGACGAUGACGUAAUUACGUUAACAGUAUUUUAGUAUGUUAAACAGAAUUAGUGAUUACACCAAUUAUUUAUUCUUCUUAAUGUCUUAGAUUACAUUUAACCUAGUACGAUCGUUUUACUAGGUUCCGUGAUUCUUGAAACCAAUGUAAUAUGUAUCAAAUCAAAAUGAAAUUUUAAAUACUUAAGUGCUCAUUUUCCUACAACAGGAGAUUUAGCAAUACGGCUCCUAACCGUAUUAGAUAAGAAUGUAUUAGGAUAUAUAGUUAUUAUACACGUACACUUAUAGUGUAAUAUUGUACACUUGUUUUUUCUAUCAAAUAUUUCUUUUUCCAAAUUUUUUUGAAAAAUCUUAUAUUGAAUGGAGAUAUUCAAAAUGUAAAUUUUCCUAUUUCGAAUACCACUGAAGCCUUGUUGAUUGUAACUAUCGACUUUUAUUGCCACUCUAUAGAUACUUUCGCAGUAAAAUACCAUACAAUGUGAGAAUGGCAACAGAAAGAAAUGUUUGAUGAAAGGAAACAAGUACAUAACAAGUUUUAACUCGUUUCACAGCUAUCUGCGGAAAGUAUAGCUAUAUAUAAAAGCGUACUCUUAGUUUUUUGUUGGUUUUAAUGUAUGUUAAUAGAUCUUUAACGUCAUGCCGAAUGCGUACAUUGUGUCUAAAAAAACGUUUAUCGCAGUGAAUGAAGCAAUUUGGUUUAUAGACUAAACAAUAAGUCAUGUACAUUGACCAAGAGAUUUAAGCACAUAAUUAUACUGAUCUGUUUAUACAUACUUAAUUUUUUUCUAAAAUUAUGACGUUUCGAUGUCCUCGUUCUAUAAAUAAUUUAAUUAGUUGUAUGCGUAGAUGUCUAUUGAUGUCAACUGCGAAAUUGACUAAACUCCAUUGUGCGAACAAAAAUUUGGCUUAUUGACAUACCUACUGAUAUAACUGAUUAAAAAAAUUAUUCAUAUUUCAAGAAUUUACACAUUUACACAUACACAAAGACACACAACACACACAAAUAUAAUAUAUACUCCCAAACUCCAGAAUAAAUUAAUUUGCUUCAAACAGGGUUUUCACGUGAACUUAAUCCUCAUUAUCUCAUUCUAAAAGCUAUGUUCAUUUAUCACGAGGACAGUGUACUAGCACAUCUUGGGAUGUUUUGAUCCUAAAGGUACGUAUCCACUAUGUUCGCAUUCCUCUUGCGCUCCGAGCUCCUGCAACUGUUCCACAAGUGGAUACGUUCACGUUCCCGGACCGGGCAACGGUGCGCGCUCCGCCUCAGCGCUUCAAUCGGUGGCGGUUUAUAUGUAGAGGUGUGCAUGCCGUAUCCAUUGGAGCAGUUCUAGGGAGAGCGGAGCGCAAGAGGUUCGCGAACAUAGUAGAUACGUGACUUAAAAGAAGAAUGUGUGGUGAUAUUUUUUACUGCGCAUAAUUUAGGAUAUCUUAGAACUCUUCUAGAAUUCAAGGCGUGCUAGUACAUUGUCCUCGUGAUAAACAAACAGAGGAUUUUGAAUUGUCUCGAUCUAUUCUAGAUUUGAUUCUUAAACACGAAACAAUAUACAUAUUAAUACUAUUUUCAUUAGUCAAGUACAGGGUUGGCCACUGAAAAUCGUCCACCCUGAUAUUUGACAAUAUUUGGGAAUAUUUGGCUAAGUACGACCAGGUUAUAAAAGGAGGCUUCCGAAAACCAAUUCUGAACCAUCAAAAGUAACGGGAACCUACGAGGAGCAUCAUAAAAAGCAAAAUUCUGGUUACUCAUAUGACCUAUCUAUAUCUGCUCAUAUCUAUUUACUUCAAUUUUACGUAACUCUCAGGAGAAAAAGAAAAAUGGUCCUCAGUGUUAGGUACGUGUAAAUCACCCGAGAUCUUCAGACUGUAUGUGGUGAAGUUACGAAAUAGAAUAGUGACAUGGAACAUGCGCAUUUUAUAUGCAGUUGGAAAACUCAGUAAUGUCCUAAAAGAUAUGAAAACAACAAAUAUCGACAUUAUGGUAAUUUGUGAGACAAAUUGAUCUGGAAACAAUACAAGCCACAGCACAAACAUGGAGCGGAGCCAGCAUUUUGAUAAGAGUAAAUAAGACGCUACUCAGGCAAUAUCGACAGCACAAGCAUGGUCAGUAUACUAACAAGAGAAGAAACACAAAAAUUUGUGAAAAAUGUCUACUGUCUAAUUAGUCUACCCCGGGCGCAUUAUGAAAAAUUGUAAUAACAACUACAUGAACUAAUCUUCUUCUUUAGGUGCCAUGUCCAUAUUCAGACGUUGGUCGUCAUCAUGUUUUACAAUUUCCUGAAAUCUGUCUCUAUUAGCUGCUACGCGAAAUAAUUUAAAAUUUAAAAUGGUUUACAUGUACCUACUUUCUCCUCUCCAUUAAGAGAAAGCAAACCUCGAUCUAUAUUAAUUAAUCUUUCCCACUGCCAUCCACUUUGUCUUUGAAAUGUUCAUUUUAAGGCCUGUCCGAUAACUUGCUUUAUUGGUUGGAUUUACUAAUCAGUUCUUGAGAUCUUGCAAAUUUCUUGCAAGAACGGCUGUAUCAUCAGCGUACCUGAUAUUGUUGACAGUCUUACUCCCUCUUGCCUGCUAUCCAAAACACAACCCUGUCGUAUUCCUAGUUUGAUGGGUAGUUUUUCAGUACGACCAUCUCCAAUUUGGAUAGAGGCUACUUGAUUGUAAUAUAAAUAUUUUAGCAGUGUUAUAUCGCAGUGGUCAAGUCCUGCUGCUCUCAGGCAACCAAAAAGUGUAUCGUGUUGUAGUCAGUCAAAUGCCUUCUCGAAGUUGAUGAAACCAACAUGAACGUUCUUUCGAAACUUACAACUUUUUUGCAAGAGAACGCGUAUACAAAUACAAAAUAGUGCCCCUCUAGGUCCUAGAGCAUUCCUAAAUCAAAUUGCUUAUUACCCAUUCUACUUUCGCACAAAAGGAAUACUCGGUUUUGUAUAAUUCGUAAAAGGGUCAUAAGUGUGUGGCUCAUCAAACUGAUUAGUCUAAAAUCGCUGCAUUUAGUGGGCCUGCUUUUAUUUGGUAAUAUUAUAAACAGUGAUUAUAAAGUCCAGAGGAGUCAAAUCGGGGAUCUUGUUGGCGGGAGAAAUACUUCAAAUAACUAAACUUUUUGCAAAUUUCUUUCAAUAUAUGCCUGUCCAAUUCAAAUACCUGUCCAAUUAUAUGCCACACAUGAUCUAUUCACUAUUUAAAAUUAAGGGUUUGAGGUACUGGAAGGAAGGGUGAUGACAAAUGGCAGAUGUCUAUAUCGUUAAAAGAUCCCUUUGGGAUAAAAAUCGAACUGAUUUAGCAUUUCCUCAAAAUCCAAUGAAUAUUUCUAAAUAUCAGAACGGACUCUUUUGAGGAGUCAACCCUGUAUAUUGUUUUGUGUAUAAAAAAUAUAUGAAACAAAAUAUUAUUUGCAAUGUAGUGAGGAUACUUCGGUUUUUUCAUAAAUUAUAUUAAUUUGAGCAAAUAAUAUUUAUAUAUUUCGUUAGUUUGACUAACACGAGUUUUACUAAUGAUUGAUUUUUUUAAUAUUAGUAUCUACUUGGUUUCGACGCAUUUUAAAGCUGGUAAAAUGAAAUGUAGUAAUUCGCAUAAUUUUUUUAGGUGGUAAUUUAAAAACGUAUUCCGCGUACCUAUAAAUCUAAGAAUUUUGAGCAAUAUUAACUUAAUAAAUAAUGAAUACUUACUGUAUUAAAUGUCAAAUUAUGAGUGAUAGAAAUAUAAUAUUUAGUAAGUUCUUAGUAACAUUUUAUUCUGCGGAGAUUUCUGGAUAUUGGCAAAUUUUUUAUACUCCAAUCUUUCGAUUUACCUCCCAUUUUUGAAAUAUCUAUAAAUUCUGUAGACUAAAUAUGUUACAUAGGUAUUUAUCUUAUUAUGUACAAUCUUCUAAUAAUGACGGGGUGCAAAUUUCUCUCCGUCCUAAUGCAAGCCCCAACUCAAAAAUCAGUAUAUCAGAAACCUCUUUAUAACAUAUCCAUAAACUUACUCAAAUUUUAUUAUACAUGUAUAAUCGUGAAAUAACUACAUACCUACUAAUUGAUGUAAUAAUUACUUUUACAGAAAUAAUCAAAACCAAUUUUUUCUAAUGAAAAUUAAACAAAGAAAUGACGAAUAAUUUCUUGAAUACUUUAUAAAAAGAAAAGUUAUAGAUCGUUAUAUAAAUUGUAAGUGAUCCAAAUCUUGUUGGAAAUUUUUGAAUAUAAGUAAUUAUUGAAAUAAAAUAGCAUAUCAGAUUUUAUGUGAAAGAAAAAAGCAAACAUACAAGUUUGUCAAAUAUACGAUCACACUUGGCCGCAUUGAUAUUAGGCUCCACCUACGAUGCGCAGUCUUUCUCUACGCAAGUAGACAAAAUCGCCAAGUGGCACCGUAUAUUUGACAAGCUGUACAAAGAUUCAUAUAGUCGGUUUACUUCAUUUAAAUUUAACUCUCAUUUUUUUUUGUAUAAUAUAAUUGAUAUUAUAUUAAUGUCAUUUGUGACGUACAUAAGCCGUAUAACCUAAGUAAUUAAAGUAAUUGACAUUACUUACUAUUAGUGCUAUUCUUUAAUUAAUUUUGAACUAAAUAUGACUCGAUUUCGAUUAUCUUUCCUAUGGCGACUUUUGCUACAUCACAUCUACAUCUUAUUUCUUCCUGUAGUGACCCAGUGUUUGUGAUCAAUCAUUCAAGGAAUAAUUAUGGGCUCACAAUCUCAAACCGGUCAAUCGUGAAGAUGUGUGGAUAAUUGUUAAAUUGUCUAUUCUUUAUCAUGAUCUUUAUCUUUGAUAUGUUUAAAACAGCAGACCAAAUAUUUGACUUUCGUUUUCAACCAGUCGUAUGAGAUCACUUGACUCUUCUUGACUAUUUGCUGGAUCUUCUCAUAGUAUGCUGCCCAAAUAUAUUAAAUAAUUAUAUAAAAUAUUAAUAAUAAAUAUUUUAAUAAUAAAUGUGUAUAAGCUGUACUUCUCGCGACGGCCAGAUGUGUACGAAAAUUUUUGGGAAAUACCAGCAUACCAGGUCACCUAGGGCUCGAUAACACGGAAAGAGUCCCACCAGAGCUCAAUCCUUUUGAUACCGUAGGUAUCUGGGAUAAGUCAAUUUUCCCCUUAGAGGGAGUGUAAGCCGUAUGGGUAAAUCUGGAUAAAUAUAUUAUAUAUUAAAUAAUUGUGGAGACAGUAUACAUCCUUGUCUAACAGCUCUUUCUGAAUGGAAUUCGUUUGAGAGUAUGUCAAGCACUUUAACUGUUCCAGUAGUGUGCUCAUAUAGUUCAGUUAUAAGCGAAAUUAAGUGUUGUGAUAUGCCUACUACUUUUAGUAUCUGCCAUAAAUGUUGCCAUUUGAUCCUGUCGAACACUUUGCGAUAAUACAUAAAACUAAUGUAUUGUGCGAUACUAAUUACCCUAGAUUUUCCUAUUAUUUGUCUUAUGUUCAGAAGGUAUUCUCGAGUACCUCUACCUUUGGUAAAUCCUGAUUGCUCAUGGGAUAUUGCUCUUUGUAGAAAAGUUUUUUUUUUGUUUUCCCAUUGAUAGAAAAGUUUCCCAUUGAUUUGGUGUAGCAUCAUUUGGCUUGCAUGUGAGAUAAGGGAGACGGUCUUUUAUAAUUGUCGCAUUUAUAGAAGCUGCCGUUUUUAUGUAUUGUAGAUUUUGUCCAGUUGUCAAGCCAUUGCUUGGAAUGACAUAUUUUGUUACAGACCAAAAGAAGCAGUUUCUUCUGUGCUGCUUUGUUAUACUUGAGUUUACUGAUCGCAUCCAUUACUGAUCUUCCAUUUCUUCAGGGGUUUGGUGAACAAGUUCCUGGCGUUGAAUUUCUUUUUGUAGAUCCCGGCAAUAUAAUAUUCAUGUCUCUAUGUCUCCAAUGUCAUAUCAGAAUGAACCAGGACAAGCAAAACUACAAAAUGAAAUUAAUAAAGCAUAUGGCAAAAAACAGGACAAUCCUUAAAAAGGCGAUAACAAUGUAAAUUACAUGAGCAAUAGUAUUUUAAUUACUAGGUUUAGUGUAUAUUGAAGAGAGCAUCAAUGCGAGUUGUUGACGACUGGUAUACCAAAACAGUACAACGGCGUUGAUAUGAAUGAGGAACUCAUAAACAACGUAUGACGUUAGUUAUGGCUACGCAAAUAAGACCAUAUUCAUCUCAUAUAACCUAAAAAGACUACAAAUAUUUAUUAACGCUGUAAAGCAAGUGAGUAAAAGUUCAAGGAUUCACGUGGAAUAUAAAAAAGACGAAGUAAAUGUUAUAACAAGUUGAACAUCCAACACACAAUAUUAAGGACAAUAAUCAGUUUAUACAACGAGUACCAAGAUUCACAUAUUUAGCAUUUACAUCCUGAAUGAAGACUAGGAUUAUUCACAACAUAAAAAAAGUAGAACCGAAACAGUCAGCACCGCAUUUCUUAAGAUGAAAAAGUUACUGUGUGACAAAACGCUAAGCUUAGAACAACAUAAUAAAUGCCUUAUCUCAUGUUAUGAUUGUUUCGUUUAGUUGUCUGGUGUUGUGUAUCUCACCAGAUGCUACGUAUAAGUAUAUAUAAGCAUUUGAAAUGUGGGUAUAGAAAAAGUUCUCAAAAUCUUGUGGACUGUUGGAUUUUCCAACGGGGAAGAUCUCAGACGAAUGAAUAUUAAAACCAGAAGUACUAUUAACCAUAAAAACAAGGAAAAGUAUGGGUUAUUUAGUGCAAUAUAUACAAAGUAUUGUAUUGAUGAUUACCAACAUCCGGAGUGAAUAGGGAGCCCAAAGAAGAAGAAAAAUCCGUCUACUAUAAUUAUACAAGUAUUCACAUGCCUGUAUCUACUCAGUUAGUAUAUUGUGUUAAUUAUUGAAAAUUUAAAACAUUGUAUCACAAAAUUGGAAAAGAUUUCUCAAAAUUCUUACCCUGACAAUGAAAGUCUAGAUUCUCAUACAUCCCGGUGUUUAUUUUGAUGCAUGAACUUGAAAAAUAUUUUGUUCUUAGCUAAUUAAUGUACUAUUAUAGAAAUCUACUAUUUUUUAAUGACAUGGCCUUAAAAUAUGCAACAUUUUUAUUAUAUAUAAUUUUAGACAUUUUAAUAUACAUAUUUUUAGACAAAACAAUAAAAAUUUUAUGUAAUGUUAUAAAAUUUAAAGGUUCCUAACUUCUACUAACUCCCGCGUGCAGAAUGAAUGGGGCAGGUUUGAUAAAUUUUAGGGAAAACACAAAUACACAACGAUAUAUGAAAUUGUAAUUAGCAGCUCAAAAUAACCCUCUGAUAUACUGAUUCAUAGUUAAGGGUUUGAUUUUAAAAACAACAUAUGGCAAUGUAAUAUGUCUACAUUUCUAAAGACAUAAUUGCCCAAUCUUUGCACGUUAAGGGGAGGCUUAACUUUAUAUCCCUACAAUAUGUCGUUCGUCCGGAAGAAAAGUGGCACAACUCAAAAAGUUAAUAUUUCAGGAAAAGUUUCACAUAGUUUUUUACUUCCAACUUCGUAAGAUGGCGGUAGUGUCAUUAUUCUUUUGGCGGUAAACUGAUUAUUUUUAUUCCUGAAUAUUGACACUUUUGUAGUUAUGCUCUGACGUUCGAAGUGAACGUAUCGUUAUUUAUCACGAAAACUGUUGUAUUUCGAGAAGUGUCCUAAGUAUUCUUUGUUAAUGUUUAAAAAAGUGACCAGUAUUUUAAAAGAAAAGUGGCAUAACUCAAAAUUAUGAUCUUUUUUCUUUGUUAAAUCAGAUACAGGUAGUUUUUUUGUUUUGGUUCUUACACAAUUAGAAAUAUUCACUUAUCCAUGUUCUUCGUUUUUGAUUUAGAAAUUUUAGCAGUUACGGAAAACACGGAGCAGUUACGGAGUUGUGACACUUUUCUUCCGGAUGAACUAUGUUACUGUUAAUGUAAUAAACGAACUUUUUAUGUUUUGCGAUGUCUAAAGGAUGUGACAUGGUACUAUAAAAGUGUAGUUGUAAUAUUGUUGUAUAAACUGUAUAGAUAACGAUUUGAAACCAAAAUCCACUAUAAAAUAUCAUUGUUUUGUUUUUUUAAGGGUUGAUAGGUUUUUUAAUGUUAACUUACUGUCGUCCCACUUUGAAUUUUGAAAACAAAAGGUUUUUAUACAAUAUAUUCAACCUUUAAUUUUUAAAUGUCCAAUUUAGUUACAUUUUGCCAAAAAACAAUGAUUGCUUUUUUGUUACAAUAAGGAGUAUGUACAAGUGUUAUAAAGCACCAAAACUAAAACGGCCUACACACGUCCCGACUAACCACCCAACUGUCGCGUCCGACGACGUCGGGGCCCUACUGUUGGUGUGUGUAGGCGUACUACAAAAAAAGUUGUCCCCGACGAUCUGGCUGACCGAUUUGGUUAUAUAACCGUGCUAUUCCGAGAGCCCGAUAGACUAACUGUAGUAAUGGUUAGAACGUGUGUAGAAGCACGUGUGUGUCGGGAAGUUCAGUAUUGUCGGAUAGUAUAGCCCGGACGUGUGUAGAGCUCACCCCAACAAAAAUUGUCGUUUAUAGACCAGGGCAUUUAGCACUAAAAACACCCGAAUAAAUAAAUUUUUAAAUACAGCACCUAGAGACUUGCAGUUUUUUGCAUUAUGUUCAGGAUGACAUCAGGAAAAAAGUCUACGAUUCAAAAAUGGGUGGAAAUGCAUAAUUGCACUGUAAAGUGCAUAAAAUGCAUCCAAAAUUGCAUAAAUAUAAAAAUAAAGUCAAAAUCAGGAUACUAAGGAACAACAUUUAUUAUUUGGGGGGGUUUGGGGUCACUAAAUACGAUUACGCAAUCAGAACUGACACCCGGAUCACCUGGUGCCCAAGGUCAGUGCAAGAGACGUCAUCUUCUGGAGUUUCGAUGAUUUUCGGCAUUAAAUCGAUGCAAAUGGAUUACUCAAUGGUUUAAGGGGUCGCUAAAUACGAAUAUGAUAUCAGAAUUGCCCUUCGGAGUACCUGGUGCCCAGGGUCGCUACUAAGGCACGUCAUCUUCUGGAGUUUCGAGGGAUUUCGGCACUAAAUUGAUGUAACUGGACUACUCGGGGGGUUUUUGAGGUGGUUAAACAAGAACAUGCCAUCAGGAUAGGCCUUAGGAUCACCUAGUGCUCAAGGCCACUGUAAGGAACGUCAUCUUCUGGAGUUUCGAGGGCUUUCGGUAUCAAAUUGAUACAAACGGAUUACUUACGGGUUUUUGAGGUCGCUAAACACGAAUGUGCCAUCAACACCAACUCCCUGUGCACCUGGAGCCCAAGCUCACUGCAAGGGACGUCCUCUUCUAGAGUUUGAGAGAUUUCGGCAUUAAAUUGAUAAAAAUGGAUUAGUCGGGGGUUUUUGAGUCCUUAAACACGAAUAUGCCAUCAGAACAGACCUCUCGAUCACCUGGUGCCCAAAAUCAUUGCAAGGGACGUCAUCUUCUGGAGUUUCGAGGGCUUUCGGAAUUAAAUUGAUGCAAACGGAUUACUUACGUGUUUUUGAGGUUGCUAAACACAAAUAUAAUAUCAGAAUUGAACUCCGGAGUAUCUGGUGACAAGAAUCGAUACUAGAGCACGUCAUCUUCUGGAGUUUCGAGGGUUUUCGGCAUAAAAUGGAUGCAAAUGGAUUACUCGAGGAAUUUUUGAGGUCGCUAAACACGAAUAUGUCAUUAGAACAGACCCAUGGAGCACCUGGUGCCCAGGGUCACAGCAAGGGACAUCAUCUUCUGGAGUUUCGAGAAAUUUCGACAUUAAAUUGAUGCAAAUGGAUUACUGAGGGGUUCUUGAGGUCGCUAAAUUCGAAUAUACCAGGUACUCCGAAGUUCAGUUUUGAUAUCAUAUUCGUGUUUACCGACCCCAAAAAACCCGUGAGUAAUCCGUUUACAUCAAUUUAAUGCCAAAAACACUCGAGCCUCCAGAAUAUUAAGUGCCGUAGUAGCGAUCCUGGGCACCAGUUACUCCGGAAUUCAAUUCUGAUGGCAUAUUCGUGUUUGGCGACCUCAAAAACCCCCGAGUAAUCCGUUUGCACCAAUUUAAUACCGAAAGCCCUCGAAAGUCCAGAAGAUGACAUCCAUUGCAAUGACCUUGGGCACCAGGUGAUCCAGAGGUCUGUUUUGAUUUCAAAUAUACGUGUUUAACCACCUCAAAAACCCCCCGAAUAGUCCAGUAGCAUAAAUUUAGUGCCGCAAUAUCUCGAAACCCCAGAAGAUGACGUGGCUUAGUAGCGACCCUGGGCACCAGGUACUCCGUAGGUCAAUUGUGAUGGCAUAUUAGUACUUAGUGACCCUUAAAAUUUUGGAUGCAUUUUAUGCACUUUACAGUGCAAGUAUGCAUUUAUACCCAUUUUUGAAUAGUAGACUUUUUUCCUGACGUCAUCCUGAACAUAAUGCAAAAAACUGCAAGUCUCUAUGUGCUGUAUUUAAAAAUUUAUUUAUUUUGUGCUAAAUGCCCUCGUCUAUUAGUUCAGUCGUGUUGGAAGGCACUGUCGAGACGUCUAUAGGCCGUUUUAUUAUGCUUCUCAACCUAACUAACAAUGAGGCGUUGUGGCUAAAAACCUGACAAUAACGUUAGGUUCAUGGUAUUCUUGCAUUUUAUAUAUACCUUUAGAGUUUCUAUAGAGCGUUUCACGUUAAGAACGGAACAUUGCGUAGACAGGGCUACGUAUUUCUUAUGGGCGAUAGAAGCGCGCCGAUGCCGCUUCUAUCGUAUCGAUAAUGAAUCGUAUAUUGGCAGACUAGUAGCAACACGUGCCGGAGAGUUUUGGCAACACUGAUCUGCAUAAGCCAAACGUUCUGUUCUUAACGUGAAAUAAAGUAUAAUGAAUUUGCAGAAAUUGUACAUUUUGUCGUGUUAGGCAUUUUAUUUUAUUUUUCUUAUGCUUUUAUAGAGGUUUUUAAUAAAAAAGAGUUAUUAUAUAUAUAUAUAUAUAUAUAUAUAUAUAUAUAUAUAUAUAUAUAUAUAUAUAUAUAUACAAUAUAAAUAUUCAAAGAAUUUUAAUGUUUUAACAAAUAUAUUUAUCUAUAUACUAAUACGAACUAGUAUAUUCAUAUUAAGUGUGUUUUGUUAGAAAUCGUUUACGAACGAUGAUUUCUCUUUAUUUCUAUUAUACAAAUAACUAAUCGAUCAAAAAUAAAAAAAUAUAUAUUAUUUGAAUAAACUAUAGAAUAAUGAAAAAUACGAGAUUCGUUUGUAGAUGUUUUCUUCUAUUAUUAAAACUAUGUGAUUAAAAAUAAUCCCAUAUACAGUGGAACCUCGAUUAUCCGUCAGGGCACCGGACCAAUGGUAUGACGGAUAAUCGAAAAGACGGCUAACAGAACAUUAAAAAAAAUAAAAAUUCAUAGUACAACUCUCAAAUUUUAUUGAUAUGUUUUGUUUGGCAAUACAAGAAAGACAAUCGAAUCAAUUUGGUUUAAAAAAUUCUGAAAUUUUUGUUUGUUUUACUGUUGCUUCAAAUUCUGCAACGGCUGAAUUUCUCAAUCGGCGUAAGAUCAUGCAAUCUACUUUAUUGGCUUCUUUUUGUAGAGAAUACCACUCGAUGAAUUGUUGCAUGAGCGAAACAGCUUCUCUAGCUUCUUUAAGCAAAUCUUUGUCAGUUGCAAUAGCAUCAUUGACAUCGCCACCGUCAAAUGUUCAAACAAAAUGAAUUAUUGAUGACUCAAUUUUUGCUUAUGUAGUCAAUACAACUUAUGUACCCUGACGGUCAACAGAGGUGACGGUUAAUGGAGACGGAUAAUCGAGGUUCCACUAUAUCUAUAUUUAGUGAAAUCUAUGUUUUGACAAAAUAUAACACAAUUAUGUGAUUUAUAGAAAUGUUAAUUAUUGUUAUUAAUAUUAAUAGGUACUACUUAUACAACAAUCAAAAUGGUAUAAAAAGAGAAAUAUUUAUUUUUAUUUCUUCUAGGUAUUUGUUAAAAUCUAACUAUCUAGUGUUAAUAAUUAUUAUGUUAUCCAAAAGGAAUUACAAAUUAUCGCAUAGAAAUUUAUUAAAUAAAAAUUCAAAAUUAUUUAUAAUUAAAAUUAAAAUAAUUUACGUCCAGUUGAAACAUAUACGAUAUGUCUUGUGAAGUUUAAUUAAAAAUAUAGUGACUAUUUGUCGAUAAACGUCAUCUUUAAAUGUCUGAAACUUUAUUAAACAUCUACUUCUAAACGACACCAUACAGUGUAUUAUACGUAUAAUAUAUGUAUAUAACAGUAUAUAAUAUACAUACAGUAGAACCUCUAAGUUAAAGACCAUGGGAAACACAAAAUACUUUAAAAAAUCCACAAGAAUUUCCUUGCAGUCGGCUGUAUAACAUAAAUCACAAAAAUUAAUUAAAAUCCUUUCUUCUUCUUCUUUUAAUUUCAUGACCGUUAUCGAUCGUUCAAUAUCAUGUUGGCUACCAUCUUCGCUAUCGUGACUAUUGACAGCAGCUCUGAAUGAUGAUGACCAUUUCCUUAGAUUUUUCAGUCAUGAUGUUCUUCUUCUAUCAGGACCAUAUUCUCUCCCUGAAUGAUUAGAUGUAAACGAUCAUAUUUUUUAGGGUGUCUCAUAAUGUGACCGAAGUAUUCCACCUUGCAUCUCUUUAUUAUAUUGACCAGUUGUGUUGUUUGGUUCAGCGUCUAAGGACUUCCUCAUUUCUAACUCUGUCGACCCAGCUUAUUUUUAGUAGUCGUCUGUAUACCCACAUCUCAAAGGCUGCCAAGCGUUUAAGCAUAGCCUCAGUUAGAGUCCACGCUUCUACUCCAUAUAGUAGGACCGGAAAGAUAUAACCAUUCAAAUUCUUUAUAAAAGGUAUAUGUAUUUAUAUUAAACAAAGCCCUUCCGGGUUACAUCACAGAAUGUUUUCGGCAUCAGUGCUGCUUACAAGUAUACAUGCUUUGAGCCACCAAAAUAUGGGGGGUGAAAACACUUUAAAUGGUAUAAAGUUGUUAUAGUUACAUUUUUGUAACUGGUCAAUCUGGUGGUAUGGGAACUAUAUUUAUUGUCGUUUUCUGUGCUACUUCGAUUGAUAACUUACUUUGUUUUUCGGUAGAUGGCUCUAGUACAUCCGUGGCAUUUCGUUCUUUGCAAUUCGGAAAGGCCCAAAGUAUGAUACCUGGGGAAAUCGGAGAGAAGAGGAUAUCGGACUACUGAUGAGGAGGAAAAAACCUCCGAAACCGGUAUAGACUCUUCCUGCACUCUCCGAUUUAACCAGAGUAUUAUGCAGCUGCUGAAUUUUUGUGUUGCAAAGAAAUUGAAAAUGUUUAUACAUUUAAUUACAUAUUUGUAUAUGGAUUGAUAAUAUGAAGACGACCACGGCAAGAAAUAAGGACACGAGAAAAACCUCCAAAACCCAGAUGAGAAUAACCACUUGGAACAUAAGAUCGCUUAACACUAGAGAUCAAGAAAUAACCCAAGAGCUAAAAGAGAAAAAAAUAGAUAUAUGCGCUCUACAGGAGACCAAAAAGAAAGGAAAAGGCCAGUCAAAAUUGGGCGAAUAUAUACUAAUCUACAGUGGAGUAGCAAAAGAAAACAGGGCCAAAGAGGGUGUAGCCUUACUAAUACACCAAAUAUACCAAAAUAACAUCAAAGAGUGUCAAUAUGUAUCAGAAAGGAUUGUCGCAGCAAAAAUUAGAAUGGAGAAGGAAGACCUGAACAUCAUCGGAGUAUACGGCCCAGAAAAUAGUAAACCCCAAACAACAAGGGAAAUAUUCUAUGAUCAAUUGCAACAAGUAGUAGAUCAAGUUAGAGGAAAGUUGAUAAUACUGGGGGAUUUUAACGCUCGAAUAGGCAACUAAGUAAUACUUGGAAUUAAACAAAAACAUAAUGAGAAUGUCAAAAACGAAAAUAGAGAACUGAUGAUAAACUUCUGCACGAAUAACGAACUUCGAAUAAACAACACCUUUUUUGACCACAAAGACCAACACAAAUAUACAUUCAAUAAUACCCGUGGACAAAGAUCUAUGAUAGAUUAUGUUGUAACUAACAGAGAUAUACAUCCAUCAAAAAUAAUUGACGUAAGAUGCCUCAACUCAGCAGAUGUAGGUAGUGACCACAGCCUAGUAUUAUUUAAAAUUAGAAUCACCAUGAAAUGCUUCAUACCUAAGAGAGUGGCACCAACACAAAAAAAAUCAAAGUCGAAGGACUAAGUACGGAAUCCACGGAGUCCUUAUAUAGAAAAAGAAUAUCAGAGAAGAUUGCUGAUAACGAAAUACUAGAAAACGAUAACAUCGAGGAAAACUGGGAAAAACUCAAAAGUAACAUAAUUAACGCAGCAACAGAAUCACUUGGAGAGAGGAAAGUAACGAAUACCAAUAUAUCAAAAAAGAAAACCCCAUGGUUUCGAGAGGAAGUGAAGAUAAAAUGUGAAGAAAAAAAGAAAGCCUUUUUACAAUACAGAACACAACAAACACAACAGGCAUACAACCACUAUAAAAGAAUUAGAAACGAAACAAACACAUCAGUCAGACAAAUAAAAAGAGAACACUGGGAGAGUUUCUCAAAACAGAUGGAACACGACUUCUACGGAACACAAAAGGAAAUAUGGAGAAUGAUCAGAGGACAAAGAAAAGAGAUGAACGAACUAAAAAAAAAACGAAACACAUUCAGAAGGAAACUUGGGCAGACUAUUUUCGAUCUCUGUUUGCUAAAGAUAACGAUAACGAACCACCAACACCUGAAGUGACAACAAAUGAAGAAAUAAAUAUUGAAGAAGCAGAGGUAACGAAAGCAUUAAGGAAAUUAAAAAAUAGAAAAUCACCAGGAGAGGACAGAAUAUCGAAUGAACUCCUAAAGUAUGGAGGACAAGACCUGACCAAGCAAUUAUUAAAACUAAUCCAAAAAAUAAUAGAACAAAACAGAAUACCACAAGAAUGGACAUCAAGCAUCCUAACACCUCUCUUCAAAAAGGGAGAAAAAUCGGACCCGGAGAAUUACAGAGGAAUUAAUUUAUUAAACACAACACUAAAAUUAACGACCAAAGUGAUAACAAACAAACUGAAUAAAAUUAUAACAUUAGCAGAAGAACAACAAGGUUUUAGGUCGGGAAGAUCAUGCACCGACGAUAUAUUUAUAAUGAGGCAGAUUCAAGAAAAAUCGUUAGAAUAGACCGGCAUACUUAUGUUUCGUGGACCUUAAGAAGGCAUUUGACAGGGUCAAAUUAAAGGACGUUAUCCAUUUAUUGUACGCAAGAGAGGUACCUCUAGGAAUAAUUAAAACGAUCGAAAAUAUCUACCAGAACAACACAAUAAAAGUAAAAGUAGAUGAAGAACUAACUGACCCAAUUGAAGCUGGCAAUGGGAUAAGACAGGGAGAUUCUCUGAGUCCUCUGUUGUUCAACCUGAUCAUGGACGAAAUAAUAAAAAAAGUGAGAACAAAAAAAGGAUACCAAAUGGGAGAAAAACAACUUAAAAUAAUCUGCUAUGCUGACGACGCAAUACUAAUCUCUCAAAGUGAAGAUGAUUUACAACGUAUGCUGCACGAAUUUAAUAUAACCGCUAGAAAAUUUAACAUGUUAAUUUCCCCAAAAAAACUAAAUGCAUGGUUAUAACAGCAGAUCUAAUAAGGUGUAAAUUAGAGCUGGAAGGUCAAAUAAUAGAACAAGUCAUGGAGUUUAAAUAUCUAGGCAUCACACUAUGCAGCUACGGAAAGCUCGAAACAGAAGUGGAAGAUCUGGUGAAUAAAGCAAACAGAGCCGCAGGUUGCCUGAAUGAAACAAUAUGGAGAAAUAAAAACAUCGGAAAAGAAGUGAAAGGCAGAAUUUACAAAACAGUCAUCAGACCAAUAAUGACAUACGCGGCAGAAACACGACCUGAUACAGAAAGGACAAAAAGAAUGCUAGAAACAGCAGAGAUGAAAACAUUGCGAAAAAUCGAUGGUAAGACGAUGUGGGAUAGAGCUAGAAGUGCAGAUAUACGAAGGAGAUGCAAGGUGGACAACAUUAAUAACUGGGUGAAAAGCAGAAGAGUAGAAUGGAACGACCACAUAAGCCGAAUGACAACAAAUAGAGUACUAAGGACGGCGAGAGACGGUUCCCCCAUAGGAAGACGAUCAGUGGGAAGACCACGAAAACGAUGAAUGACAACUUACUGGAGGCACAUUGAAAAACAGACAGAGUAAUGUCUAUAUAAAAAUAAGAAGAAGAAGAAGAAGAAGAAGACGACAUAUUUGUAUAAAAUAAUAUAUGAUGUUUGAACUUUUCCUUGAUUUUACAUCACGGCAACGUAGGACUUCCACACACUGUGGGUUGCUGGUCCUGAGCGUAAAACCUCACAAUAUGGACUCUAGAUAAUAACUUCAGUUCUGACUGGAUUGGAAUCCCUUUCCUCUCAUCGUGACUUUUGCUACUAGUGGAUUUUGAUGCUGCGUAAAAAUGAUAAAUUGCAUUUUCUCCGGCGAUUUUUAUCUUUUAUUUAUCCUUGAAUUCCGAAAUUCUUCCUAACUGAUUUUCUACUGUCUCGAUAAUUCUUCUGUCUUCUUUUCCUGGUGUAUAUAUUGCCGUAUCGUCCGCGUUGAUGGUUGUAUUUGUUCUUGCAUCUGUUGGUAAAUCGGAAACGAAAAUGUAUAAAAUGGGCGAUAUGAUACUGCCCUGAGACACCCCAUCCUGAACUUCUUGUAUUCUGAACAUCUUUUGAUUUACUGAAACUUGAAAUGUUCUAUUAUAUAAAUAUGCAUCACAUACGUUGCUGCAUAUACUUCGAUACGGCAUACUAGCUCUGCCCAUCUUGUAGAUAAGGGCUUUUUCUAAACUGUAUCCUACGCUUUUUUUAUCUCGAGAAUAACCAUUCCUGUUUUUUUUUUUUGGUAUUUUUUCCAAUAUUUUUUCUAGGUAUUCCAGUAGAUAUAUUGGUCUACAACUUUCUGGUCUUCUUCUAUCCUUCCUUGGUUUUAGUAGACGGAUGAUUUUUGUUUCCAGUUGUUCGGAAAAUGUGUGCAUUUAUCAGGCAAAAUCUGAAGAUCUAGUAUAAUUGCACCAUUAUUUUCUUCGGGAGUUCCUUGAGUGUAAUAUUAUGUGAUCGUACAAAUCAUUACAGCAUUUCUUGCGGGUUAUAUAGAGGUUUUCACCUUAUAGAGGUUUUACUGUACAAGGGAUGAUAUUAUACAGACGGUAUUUACUUAGCAAACAACAUAACGAUAUCUGACUAGCAGAGACCAUUUAAAAUUGGUUAUGUGUCAAAUUUUAUGGGAAACACUCGUUUUAGAUUGUUUUAGAGUUGCCCAGUAAACGCCGUCCCAUUGAGCGCAUAGCUGCCUGUAUAUAGUUUAGGUGAAGAUGUUAAAAUAUUUCACAGGUUGUUCCAUUAACAAUGAGGUUAAAAGUAUGUAAAAGUAUAUGAUUUUAAUUUGAGAAACAAGAAAUUUUUAGCAUAUAUAGACAAUAAUUUAUCAAAAUAAGACUUAUUUGACGUUUUGUUAAUUUUUUUGCUAAGUUAUGUUUUUGGCAGUGAAACUUAAGCAAUCUUUAUAUUUAUCAGGGUAUAUUAGUUUAUUUACAGCUUAUAAAUUAUGUAUUAUUAAAUAAUAAUAUUUUAUUUAUAUCUCUUUCCGCCUAUCUUGCUUUGUAUUAUUAAAUGAAGUAUGUGAUAUCUCUCUUAUAGGCGUAUAACAUGGCAAAAAUAAUCCAGUUUGCGAUUUUUAACUGUUCUGAUCACUUCCUUUUCCUGAUUCUUUUCGUAUUUGAAGCUCUUCAGAAUUAUCCCGGUCAAUCCUGAUGUUUGAACGUUGAUACCACUAAAGAUAUUUAACGAUACAUAGAUAUUUAUCAUUAAUACCUACUUGCUGAAGAAUGGCUAUCACUUCAAUAUGUUUUACUCGAUCAAAGACCUUAUAAAAGUCAAUAAAACACAUCUCUGUACCAUAACCGGAGUACUAAAUAGUGUUUCUUUGGUUUCAAGGUUAUUGCGGAAUCUAAACUGUGUGUCACAAAGUUGUUCUUCUAGUUUGUGGUACAUCUUUUUUUGUAUGGGUUCUUCUCUAUCCCUUCUCUUACUCUUACUCCCCCUCUCUCUCUCUCUCUCUCUCUAUCUCUCUCUCUCUCUCUCUCUCUCUCUCUCUCUCUCUCUCUCUCUCUCUCUCCUCUCUCUCUCUCUCUCUCUCCCUCUCUCUCUCUCUCUCUCUCUCUUCUCUCUCUCUCUCUCUCUCUCUCUCUCUCUCUCUCUCUCUCUCUCUCUCUCUCUCUCUCUCUCUCUCUCUCUCUCUCUCAAGAGAACAAGGUUCGUGUGUUCAAUUUUUGAAGUGCAUUCACCACAGAAUUCAUAUUAUUGGAUUAUCUAUUUGAUCAAAUAUAUAUCUGAGUUACUCUGUCAAAUAGAUCUUUAAGGUGCAUAAAUUAAUGCAGUCUCGUUUUAUAACAUCAUAUAUUACAAUUUUGAAAGCUUUUAACCUGAUAUUGUCAAAAGUUAUGUAUAUAUACCUAUAUAUAUAUACAUAAUUUUAGAAGUUUCUCAGUAAAACGUUCCUAUUUUCUUGUUGUUAACUCAAUACUCCAAUAAUAUCAAGAAGCAAUAAAAUAAAAUUAAAAAUAACAAUAAAAAAUUGACAAGAAUCGGUGAAACAUAUAAAACAAACAUCCCUCAUAAUAUUCUAUUAUAAUAUAUUAUGUGGUAUAGGUAAUCACAUUAAAAAAAUUAAAUCAUGAAUUAAUUGAUGUUCAAUUAAUAGAUACUAAAAUAUCAAAGAAUCACUAAUUUUAAUACUGAUGUUGAUCAGAGUGGACAAGAAAAUAAAAUAGUUUUAUUUAGUGAAACCUAAACAACUGCUAAUAGUAGUUUACUAUACUAUCGGACGGCCAUAUAAUAUAUACGACUAUAUGUUUAAAGAUGAUAGAUUGAACUAUUUCGAUUAUCUGAUAUAAGAUUCUGCCACUCCUUUUAAAAAUGGACGGCCAUCCAUAACUAUGUUUCGUGCAGCUGCGCAAGUGUAGGGAUAUAGUGCACUAGUGAUCUCGACUAGCCUUAAAGGUACCUUAAAAUAUUAAAUUCUAUUUAUUUAUAUUGAUGUGACACUAAAGUAGCUAGCGCCCAGGUAACGCCAUUCGACUAAGUAAAUACAUUUUCUAUGUUGGCAUAAACAAUUAUGUAGAUCUUAAAAAGAUUCCUUCAGAAUACCUAUAUAAAAAUAGCAGUUAAUUAAAAAAUAAUAUAAAUAAAGAGAUAUCGAAACCGUCGUCCUCUAAUAAAAGAUUCUUUAUUUUGACACUUUUGACAUAUAAGCAUGCAUAUUUAUAUCAAAAUAAGGGACCUUUUAUUAAAGGACAACGUUAAAUAGGGCUUCGAUAUCUCUCAAAUAUACCCAAAUAUAAAACUGAUACAUAUUUUGAACAAAAAUGUUUGUACAGCUACAUAUCGAAACAGCCGAUAUGUAAGAGGUUUCAAAAAUACAGAUUAUGUUAUUUCAUCGAUAAACCAUAAAACAUGCACAUUAAAUUUUGUGUUUAUUUGCGAAAAUUAUAUUUUUCAAUUAUUUUAGAUUCAUAUCAUGAUGCCAUAACAUGUGCCAAAGUUUUAUUUAGUUAUUAGUGCCCCAGUUAAUUUAACAGAUAUCUAUUAUUGUGUGAAUGGCGUAAUCUGAUCUUUAUUAUUGACAAUGUGUUCAUCGGACAUACAUGAAAUAAAAUCCUAAAUAGUAAAAA